CUAAAGCCCAGCACAGGCCACAGAGGAACCUGCCCUGUCUCAUUUAUAUAUGGUGCCACCAGGCUGGGUUGUGUGUGUCUGUAAUCUCAGUACUGGGGAGACAGACACAAAGAUCCUGCAGGCUGGUUAAUAAGUUCAGCAUAAUUGUCAGCCAGGGCUAGAGUGAGACCCUACUUAGGGGAGGGGGUGGACUAAGGUGAAGCGUGAUGGAGGAAAAGCCCUGAUGUUUACCUCUGGCCCCAAUGCACGCACACACAGACACAGUACACUCACCACUGUAGGGAGCCCUUCACAUUCUACCUAGGAGGCACAAAGAAAUAGGCUCUAGGAAAAUGGAGUGAAGGGACAAUAGAGGGGUUUGAGGUAGGUGACUUCUUCCUAAAUCAGAAGCAUCCUAGACUCCUAUGCUGUGGGAACAGGCAGGGAGGCUGAAAAGCAAGGCAGGAUGGGAAUAAGGCAGAGGUGGAGGGGAGGGACCAGCCCUGGCUGUACUGGUAGGCGUGGCUCCACCCUCCUCACUUCAGAGCCAUGGGGAGCUGGGGUCAUGGUGGGCCUCCCCUGGUGCAGACUCCCUACACAGUUCUGCUGCUGCCCUUGGAGACAAGCCGCCAAGACCCUGGGGCCCAGAGCUUCUUCCUUUGGCUACAGAGGAUGCAGGCUCUGGAGAGGGAACAGGAUGUGCUGUGGCAGGGGCUGGAGCUGCUGGAGCAUGGCCAGGCUUGGUUUGCAGACCGUCUGAGGGAGGCACAGCGACGACAGCUGCAUCUGGGGGCCCUUGGUGAGCAUUUCCUAACAGAAUCACACUCAGAGGCUGAUGUUCCCCAGUUAACUCAGAUCCAAAAGGUGAAUGCCUGUUUGCAGAGCCUGGUUCAGAAGAAGGCCAGUGCCCACCCUACCCCAGUCCAGAAGGAAAGGCCCAGGACACACAACUCGUGGCAGCAGCAGGUAAACCAGGGGCAGGUACAACACUGUGGCCCCACAAGAUAUGGGGUGCACAGAUUCCCAGUCUGUCUCUCUCUUCUCCAGGAGUCAUCCCAGCAACAGAAGGGAAUCAUCCCACCCAAAGGGGAGAUGGCUCAGCCAGGCUGCACCCAGGGGGAGAGGGGCCCUACCCAUGUGUGAACCUUCCUUUUGCCCUACUCAGGCUGCUGGAGGAGGCGGCUGAGUCAGAACCUCCCCAUUUUAUUCCAUCUGAACUCACAGCAGUGGCUGCAGACUGUGGUGUGAAGUGUGUCCCUAGCUUCUAGAAGCUUUCUUGCACCUCCUUGAUGUGCCAUACCCUCAUUCUCCCCGUAGCAAGUGAACAAUGGUCUGUCUUAGAAAUCUCUCUGGGGAGACCACUGAGACUACCCUUUAGCUUUAAAGAAAGUUGAAGAAACAAAGACUGCUCCAGAAUUGAAUCUAGAACAAAGAAGAACACUUGCUGGUACCCUCCUGCCCUGCAGUCUCCCUUCCACCGGAUCCUGGAGUAGGACUUGUUAGUGGAAUAAAGACAAUAUGGGGGUUGGGAUGAUGGCUCACAGGUUACAGGUGUUUGCUUGCAAAGCCUGCUGGCCUAGAGUCAAUUCCCAAGUCACUCACAUCAGCUGGACACAAUAAGUGGCUCAAGGAACUAGGGAGAUGGCUUAGUGGUUAAACACUUGCCUGUGAAGCCUAAGGACCUUAGUUCAAGGCUCGAUUCCCUAGGACCCACAUAAGCCAGAUGCACAAGGGGGACAAAUGCAUCUGA